UCUGUUUUUCUUCUUCCAUUUUCUCAUCUCCUUGUGUCGAGAAAUCUUCUUUUGAUCUCACAAAACUUGGAGCUCGGAUUCGGUUUAUGUUGCUUUCAAGAACUUGGUUUGUGAUAUUUCCUUGGGGGGAAUUGGAUUUGGAAACUAGUGGACUCUACUUUAGGAACGUCGGGACUAAGUGGCACCCCACCAUCUCGGCGGCAACCCGGAAGAUCGUUGUGGCACCGAUGGCUGGUAACCAGAACUACCCUGACGGUGGCAAUGGCCAUGAGAAGAGUAGAAGUUUGGAGCUAGCUCGAUGCAGUAAGCCGAAAAAGCUUACGAUAAUGGAGCUAUGGACACAAUAUGGUACAUAUUGUCGUCCUUGUAUAUAUAUAUAUCAUGGGAUGUUUGGGGGAUUUUUAUCUGGGUAGUUUAUGUUUGUUGUUCCCAUGUCAUUUUGUCAUAUCUUGUUGUACAUAUGUUAGGAUAUUGUACAAAACCUUUACCUGGUUUGUAAGUGGAAAACUGGUUGGUGUCGGUGCUCGAAAUAUCUGACUUUUUAUUGUCUAAAGGAUUGCAUUUGAAACUCAUUUUGUCGUCAAAUCUAAAAAUGAAUUGGCACGUCUUACUUGUAUAUAUAUGUCUAUCUGUUUUGG